CGCCGCCGUCGGAGGUUUAACCAUUCGGCGUCUCGGAUCCUCCCCGGCGUCUUCACUCUCCUCCUCCAAUCCUUCUGGGUUGCGCAUCGAACCGGAACUUCGAUUUCUCCCCAUAACUUGAAGAGCUGAAAAGUUGCAAACAAAUUCAACCAUGAAGGUCUUCCAAAUCGACGGAAACAACACUCUUUCUCUCGCCCUCUUCGCCGAAGUCGCCAAUUCCAAGGAGCUUCUUGAUUCUAUGCAAGCUGGGAAUCUGGAGCUGGAAGUUUCGUUUAUGAAUGCAUCACUUAUCCCCGAUGUUUUCCCUAUUCUCGCUGCAGCACACAAGGCGUUUGUGUCAAAGUCUCGGGAUUCAUUGACAACCCGAACGCUUCAUUCUGAGCUUGUCUACAAUAUCUCAGGAUCCAAGCAUCUGCACGUAUGUCCUCGCAGCUCGCUUCAAUGCCUCGCCGGAAGAUAUGAAAGUGGUAGAAAUGUCGACUUGGAGGAGCUGGAGAGCAGAGCAAACCAAGCUCAAAUCCUCAAGCAUUACAAAAUCUCUGCGAUGGAGCUAGGGAUUUCCUCACUUGCUGAUGCCAUUACAUGCCGAAUAGCUUCCCGGGAUGCCUUGUGAGGAAAGAUAAGGGCGUAUUGUGCUUGAAGUAGUCGAAGGCCACUGUGUGCAUCCAUAAACCAGCUAUCUUUUUAUCUUAGUAGGCUGCAGUUUAGGGGUCGUUUGGAUGAGGAAUUCUAAUGGAUCAAUCUGACACAAUUGUCUCGUUUUGAGUCAAUUGUGCCAGAUUGAUCCGUUUGGCAGCAGAAAAUUUGGAUGAAGCAAUUUGGGCUGGGGAAUUCUGAAUUGACUCAUUUUGAGCCAAUUACAAUUGUCUGGGGUGGGGGCAGGUAAUCUGAAUUGACUCGUUUUAAAUGACUCGUUUUGUAAAAUGAAACAAUUGGUCAAAUUGUCUCGUUUUACAAUUGAUCCAUCCAAACGACCCCUUAAUGCUUGGCUCUGUAGAGUAAAAGAAUGUGAGUUAUUAUAUGCUUGGGGAUGAAGAAAUGUUGGCGAACUAGGCGGCCGAUUUUUCCCCGCGUCUUUUAUUUGUCCGUUAUUAUCGUUACAUUGAGAUAUAUUGUAUACCGAGCCAUCCAAACACGGUGUUGACACGUGGAUGGGACAGCGGCAACCGCUUGCUUCAGUAUGAAGCAAGAGGCGGGGACGUCGUUUUGACGCUGCUAGAACCGGGAACAGCCGGUGAUUCUCCCUAUUGCCGCCGCUCCUUUUUUCUUUUUGCUCCCCGUUCUUUUUUCAAAUUACACUCUGUAGGUUCUUUUGGAAUGUCUAUCAGAUGAGUGACAGGAUGCCUCACUAUGAUCAUAUUGUCUUUUUGACUGAUUUUUCCAGACAUUUUGUUCUGAUUUAAUAAUAAUACAUACGUUUGGGCAUUUUCUAAUCAGAGGAGUUAACAACAACAUUUUGAAUUUGACCUUUGGCAGGUACAGUUGCAUUUCUUAGAAGUAUAUCGCUUGAAGCUGUUGGACUUGGAGUGCAUUUGGCUGCAGGAGCCCAUGAUAUCUUACUCCAAGCCGAGUACAUCCUCACGGCUGUUCCUUCUCGUCAGGUAUCGUCAUCGUCUUCCACCGCACAGGGUAAAAAGAAGUCGAAUGUACGAAGCAAUCAGCCAAAAGAUGCCCAGGAAGGAAUGCAACAGGCAUAUUCGAACCUAAGUGAUGGCCUGGGGAAAUCGGCUUCUGCAUUAGUUCGGACACCGUUGAAAAAAUACCAAUACGGGGCCAGUGCUGGGUCUGCCUUGGCCACUGCAGUACGGGGAAUUCCUGCUGCUGCUAUAGCUCCGGUCUCUGCUUGUGCAAGUGCUGCGCAUUCUGCUCUUCUCGGCCUUAGAAAUAGCCUCGACCCUGAGCACAAGAAAGAAUCGAUGGAGAAAUAUCUAGGACCAACUCAGACACACAACAGAGAUUGAAGGCCAAAUGAUAAGUCACCACGAUGUGCCUGCCCUCGUCUCCUCCUGGGAAUAUAAUCGAUGGUGGGAUCUCGGCUGACACCCUGAGAGAAAAAAUCAAAAGUGAAUUGGAACGCAGAGAUCUCUCAAAAUCAUAAGUUUCGUAUUAACAUCCGAGCUUUCCUGAAGAAGCCGCAAAUGGUUUCGUAGCUUGAGAAUAUCUGUCAGUUCAAGUUCCCGCACCCCGGUUUUCAGGUGUACAGAUGUAUAUAAACCAUCUACCUGCGCAUCCUUUUGCGGCAAACAUAGCAACUCUUGUACAUUCGUUGUAGUUAAAUUCGUGCUUGUUGCACAGGAGGGUGUUCAUUUAUCCGGUUAACCAAUGAAUGUAAUUAUUUUGAAUGCUUG